AUGUGGUUGAAAUUGUGCCUGCUCCUUAUUUAUAUUUCACUUCUAUUUAUUCUAUCCCGUGUGCUGGAUGCCAUCUCUUGGUGUGAAUCGGGAUAUGGUGGAGCCUUUUCUCACCAACUCCUUGACCCCAUGGUGCUCUCUGUUGCUAAGUUAAAGGCACUCCUUGAGCAAAGAGGUGUCAGCUAUGAAAGUGUUGUGGAGAAAUCAGAACUGACCAGUUUGGUGGAUUCUUCAGGUACCGGUAUUUAUUAAAACUUUUGCAGCUGUGUUUUUUUAAGCUUUUAUACCAUGACACAAAACAGCUUUUAAUAAAGACACCUUAUUUCCACUCACAGCAAUUUUUUUCCCUUGUAACUACUUAUUUUGUGGUGGAUAUAUGAAUUUUUUAAGAUGAAGAGGCAUCUCUGUCCUACAUAAAAAUUGUCAUGAUCAUCUCAUUUAACUAAAUUUAUGUAGAAGUAUUGAGCUUUUUGGUAAGGGAGAAACUGAGUUUAAAUUUUCCAUGAAAAUUGAUAAUAUUUGUUGCUAAUAUGCCAUUUAGAGUCCAGUACUUUUUUUCCUCCAAGACUAAGGAAAGCCUGUUGAAUCUCUGUGGCAAAACAAUUGCAUGCACAGCUCUUUUAACAUCGCCCAGAUGAGUAAACUGUUUAAUAACUUUUUAUUUUUACUGUGGUAGAUAAACCAUUUGACAGCAUAUUUAAUUAGUCUAAAUAUUUUUAAUUCUCUAAAGGAAAAGUGAGUACCGAAGAAGCUGAGAUGGCUCAAGAAGAGAGUGCAACCGCCACUGAAACUAAUUUCACAUCAGGUGCCCAUUUCAUAGAGCAAGUGAGAAAAAAAUAUAACUAAAUAAGUUUUAUCAAAUACAUAUCUCAAAAAUUAAGUCUUGAAGUUGCAUUGUAAUGAAAGUAUUUUUUUUUUCAUUACUUAUAAUUUUAAAAAAUGACUUGUAAUUUAAUGGAGCAUGUAUAUAGCUAUCUAUCUAUCCAUCCAUCCAUCCAUCCAUCCCAUCCCAUCCAUCCCAUCCAUCCAUCCCAUCCAUCCAUCCAUCCAUCAAUCUUAUCUUAUCUUAUCUUACCUUAUCUUAUCUAUCUAUCUAUCUACUAUCUAUUAUCUAUCUAUCUAUCUAUCUAUCUAUCUAUCUAUCUAUCUAUCUAUCUAUCUAUCUAUCUAUCUAUCUAAUCUAUCUAAUAUAUCUAAUCUAUCUAAUCUAUCUAAUCUAUCUAAUCUAUCAAAUCUAUCUAAUCUAUCUAAUCUAUCUAAUCUAUCUAUCAUCUAUAUAUCUCUCUAUAUAUAUAUAUAUCUAUAUAUAUCUAUAUUUAUCUAUAUCUAUAUAUAUAUAUUGGUUGCUAGGAAUUAGUUUUUAAAUGUGGAUUUUUUUUAUGAUGAGAAAAACUAAAUGUAAAAUAAAUAAAAAUGAGAAUAUUACCCUUUUCACCACUAAAUUAUCUUUGUUAGGUGGAGGAUGCAAAAGACAGUGUAUGGCUUGUACAAAUAGUAUCACACAGUGGCCAUCACAGAGUUUUAAGUGAUGCUAGGUGGAAAACCAUUCGUCAUAAAGCAUCAAAAUUUGGUGUUCGUACUGGACUCCUUGACUGUUCUCUUGAUUUUAGGUUGGUUUUCAUUAUUCCAAUUACAAAUAUUUUUUCCCAUUCUCUUUUUUAAAAGAUUUUAACCUAGUGGUUGGGAUCUUGUUAUUGGUGUCAAGAAAUAACCAACGCAUAUGAAUACAUGUUUUAAACAACCACUGUUUUUAACUGUAAAUAUUUUAUUUAAUAUUUAAAAUAUAGCUUUAUAAUUAUACAGGACUUGUAAUAUUUCUGUAAAUACUGUUUUUAACUGUAAAUAUUUUAUUUAAUAUUUAAAAUAUAGCUUUAUAAUUAUACAGGACUUGUAAUAUUUCUGUCAAUACUGUUUUUAACUGUAAAUAUUUUAUUUAAUAUUUAAAAUACAGCUUUAUAAUUAUACAGGACUUGUAAUAUUUCUGUCAAUACUGUUUUUAGCUAAAACUGAAUGCUAUUGAAUUCAGCAUCCAUUUGAAAAUUUCACAGAUACUGUUAUCAAAAGGGCUGGCACUCACCUUUUCUGCUCCUGGCUCUGCCAAGUCAGUAUGAGAAAAAAGCCAGUGUGGCCAUGUAUGACUACUCGGGUUCAGUGAAAGAAACAGCUGUUCUACGAUGGGUUCGGGAAAAGUUAGAUGAAAAGGUGCUUCAAAUCAAGGAUCCUACCGUGUUUAAACAGCAAUGGAAGGACUUCUCUGAUAACUCGUUGGAACCAGAAAUACGUGCAGUCUUGUUUACAGAAUCCAGCUCUGCGCCUCUUUUUUACUCAGCAUUAAGUGUUAAGUUUCCUGGUCGUGUAAAGUUUGGAGUUGUUUGUCUAAAAUCAUCUGAAAUAGAGAAAUCUUUAUGGCAUGAUGUGCUCAAAGAAGAAAAGAUAACUGAGCUACCAGCUUAUGUUAUUUACUCUACUGAAAAAUCUUACACAUAUGGUAAUCAGCAAGGAGAGCAGUACUCAUUUAUCAGCAUGGAACGUUUCCUAAAAUUCCUAUACCCUUGCCUAAAUGAUAUAUUUAUAAUAAGCUUUUUUGUGGCCAAUGUCAUGUCAUGGUUUGAAUUAGCCAUCUGUAACUGUCAAGCUCUUAAGAGAUUACGUAAAUUAAUCUGGUGUAUCUUUAAAUAUAAUAUUGUUGUGAUAAUGCUCUGGUUGCCCAUUAUAGGUAUUUUUCAGAUGCCUUAUUUAGAUCGAGUACCUUUACUGGCUUUAAAAUUGGAACGAAUUUUCUGUACAUCCACCCUGGGAACAAUCCUAAGAGGAGACUUUACAUUUUUUGUAAAUCAUCCAAUCUACCUCUACACCUCUUUUUUAAUCUACCUUGUCCUUGUUAAUAUUUUAUGUAAAAAAUAUCGACAAGAAGAACAGGAAGAUGACUGGUUUAACUUUACACAGAUGCAAACUCUGACCCAUCUUCGACCCAAUGAUUUCUUUGAACCCAUGCGCAUUGGUGGCUAUGACUUAAUGGGAGGGCUUGAAAUUUUUGGCUCACGCUUGUCUCAGCCUUCUCUUUGGUUGCAACCUUUGGUAUCAUCAGAGUAUAUCAAGUACCUUCCCACAUGGCAUUAUCGUCCUAGAAUGAUAGCGGAUAGAGUGCCUGAAAAUGUUAAAAAAAUCGAGCAAGUCUUAAGUGCUGCCUCUGGACUAAAACACGCCCCUGUCCAGUGUACAUGUGUUAUUCCCGUUGGGAGAUCAGAACCUAGCAUAUCGAGAGAUCCGUGCUGUGAUAUCAAAAGCAACACCUCACAAAAUAUGGAAUGUGUAUGUGUUGAUCAUGUUUCAGUACAAAAUAACUGUGUGCCAUCUCAUGUAAAUACAUCAGAUCCAUGGACUUGCAAUAACACAACUCAUAAAAAUUCCUAUCCCUGUGAUCCCCACCCUGAGAUCUCCAUACCCAACCCUCAGCCCAAUGAUCAACCAGCAGCAAGCUUAUCUCAACAUCAGUCUUGCAGUCACUUUUCCAAGAUUUUACCAUCACAGUCUUGUUCACUGCACAGCAACCUUGGCAAGUCUACCUUCCUGGACAGUUCAUCCUUUUCAGAAAGAGCCAGCACAAAUAAUAGCACAACAAGCCUUGGCUCUGACUGCAACUUCAUGUCUCCUACCCAGGUGAAGUCAGCCUCAGACAGCACUGAUGAAAGCUCAGAAAUAUCUGCAUCUAGCUCCACAUAUGGCUUUCCUGUGGGCUACAUGGAAACACAUCAGUGUGUCAUCUGUCUGGAUGAAUUCACCCCAUCAGCCAUGUUGUGCGGUCUACCCUGUGGACAUGUCUUCCAUGAGACCUGCAUCAUUGCAUGGUUGAAUAGGGAAAAGCACUUCUGUCCUAUGUGUCGCUGGCCCUCCUACAAAUUACAGCCACCUCAUCCAGUUGCAAGCCAUUCAUAAAAUAAGUCCAAUGACCUCCUAUAUACCAUGAAUCUUAAUUAAUGGUGUUCAUUUCACUGUGAUUUUGUACUAUAAAACUUAACCCUUGGCAAUCUCAAUUUUGGUUGAAAAGAUAAUGUUGAUUUGUAAAUUAUUUAUGACCUUAAAAAAUGUAUUGAAAAAAAGUUAACCAUUUAACUGAAAUAUGGUGAGAAUAAUAGUAUUAAAAUUGUUUACUUAAAAAUGCUUAAUUCAAAAUAAAUUGUCAUGCUCCUGUCAUAACUGAAGCAAAAGAGGUUUUAAACAAAAAAUGGUGUAAAAGAAUUUGAACUUAACGGUCAAUAAAUAUCUCAAAGUAUUUUCCUUUCCUAUACUAACACUUGUUGAAAACAAUUCUAACAAAUGAAAAGAAAAAAAGAAAUUUUAAGGAUGAAAAGGUUGAGUUGAUCCCAAGAUAUAAUGUGAUUUCUACUUUUCAUUUGUAAUUUGCAUGCAUAGAACAUGUUUAAAUCUUUUUCAAUAUUUCUUUAUUACAUAUUAUUAGUAUAUUAGUGCACUUUAUUUUUAUUUUUUCAGGGGAACCAGUUUUUUUUAAAUAAUUUUUUAAGGAGAUAUUUACUGGUAAUAUUAUUUUAUUUUCCUUCCUUAGCUUAUUCUAAUUUGUCAGAUCUUCCAAAACAUAUUUUUAGGGCCAAUGUAACAGUUUCAAGAGAAAAGGGUGGAAUUAAUCUGAUGCAAUAAUAAAUUUAAUCAGUGUUUUAAAUUUAUUUAAGUACAUAAUAUAUCACAGCAAUGGAAAUUUUGUAUUGUCCUUCAAAUUUUAUUCCAUUUAACAAUCUAUCCUAAAAACUAGAUUUUCGUGGUGGUAAAAAGUGUGUUAACAUGUUUAAUGAAAUCAGUAAAUGUCGGAUUUCUGUGCAGAUUUGUAAUCGUUUUAUUACUAUUGUAGUCUGCAUCCAUUUUAUUGAUUCUGAUGGGAGAAAAAGGGCAGAGAAUACCACCACAAUUCAAAUUUCAUAGCUAGGAAUAUGUCCUUAAAACCAGCUUUGCGGAUUGUUUUUGGCUUAGUCAUAAUUAAUUUUCUCAAAUUCUGGAUAAAUCAUCUUGAACUUUUUGGAAUUUGGGUGACUAAUCUUUUGUGUAGAUUUUAAAACAACCUUGAAUGAAGUUAUAUAGGAAACUUGAUAUAGUCUAGUAAAAUUUGUAAGUAAAUGGUUAGAAUUAAAAAAGAUAUAUAAUUUUUUUAUAAAAUCAACUCCUGGUGUUUUGAAAAUUUAUUUUAACCUAUAUCAUUAUGCUUAACGAAAGAAGAUUAUGUUUUAUGGCAAACAUUAAUAAAUGAAAGUUUAUUUAUAAUAUACACGUGACUUAUGUAUUUUCCAUUGUGUCAACCAACUAGUUAAGACUUAUGGAAGUAAAUCUGUUUUGAUAUUUACUACAUGUAAAAUUGGUUGCAAAGCUUCAAAUUGUGUGAAUUGUUCAUGUAUCUGCCAUGUGCUGCCAAUGAACAGAUAAAAAAAUGUAACUAAUCAAUAAGAAUGAUGCCAUAAGCUAGAGCUGUACUGAACUAGUAGAGGCCUUAAAAUAUUUCCUGCCAAUUAUGAAUAGGGAAGGAAUUGUCGACAUAAUUUAUUUUUAUUAAUACAGUGUUUUUAAGAGUUAUUAAGUAAAUAAAAAGUGCUACAGUUUUGGAAAUAGCAACAGAUAUAUAAAAACAAAUGAAACUAACUGCUAAAAUGUUUUGAAAUUCAGUUCAUCGGGCUACUUUCUGGGGCCAAAUUAUAAUUUGUGCGGGUCCACCUAAUUGUAACUAUUCAUGUUCCAUAUUAUAAUAAAUUGACCCCAAGGAUAUCAUUCAGUACAGCCCUACCAUAACUAUAUUCUUGAAUGCACGAGUCAUCCAAUUUUUUUUUUCCAUCAAUAGAUCUGAUAAUUAGAAUAGAAAUUUGUUGAACAUAUGUUUAUGUAAGAUAAAAAUGCAAAGCUGUGCUUUAUGAAAUCCACAUAUGUGACCUGCUUGUCCUGUUGAAACUGUAAUGAAGAAAUUUCAAUUCAUGUCUUUCUUACUGGGGUUUAAGAAAUUGAUUUGGAAUUUAUACAUUCUCAUGACCAUUUUUGUGUGCUCCAAAUUUCUUUAGGGCCCUUAUUUUAAUCUUGAAAUUUUAUGAAGAGGUUGUUUACUUUUUAUGCCUUGCUGUUGUCUUUGAUGACAACACUGUUUGGGAAUAUUAAAACUGAAGCAUUGAUAAAAUAAAAAAAAAUAAUAUUUAUAAUAAUAU